AUGAGGAUCAAAAGCUUUGGACUUCUUUGUGUGUUGAUUCUGGUCUCCCAGAUGCUGCUAGCCAACUGUGAAAGACAGAAGGAAAGAAAAAAGAGAAGACAAGGCAUAGAAGACGGUAGAAAAAACCAAACUGAAUCUAACCAAGAAAAUGAAAGAGGGCGGAAGACAAAAGGAGGAAGAGCAUCUCCUAAAGGCAAGUUUAAAACCAAAGAAAAUGCUGAGUGCACCUGGGUAGUGACCGACAUGAAUGCUACUACUGUGCAUGUAGAGUGCAAGCAUGGUGACAGCGAGUUCUGGUGCGAAUUCUCUGGAGACCCUUCCACCUGUCCACAGUAUGCAUCAAACCAGAAAUCCUACUGGAAACAAGUCUCCCGAUCCCUAAAGAAGCAGAAGCAGAUCUGUCAAGACCCCAAAAGUGUCCUAAAAUCUAAAGUAUGUAGGAAAGGCCCACGAAGCGCUCAUCUCAAGUUGACCCGCUCAAGCCUACUAACGUCAGUGGGUCCUGCGAAAGGGAACACAAUUCAUCAUGCAAAAGAAGUUGUUCAGACUCCACCAGUUGCCUCUGUGACUGAAAAAAAGAGAGAACACAGUCCUCAAGACUGUGUUGAAGACAUAGAUUAUAUUGAUCAGAAAAAGGUGGCCGAGGAAUACUGUCCAGAAAGCCUGCUUUCUUUCUGCAACUUUUUUAUCACAAUGGUGCAAGACAAAAAAUGCUGA